UCAAGUGGUUUGGAAAUCUGCGGUAUGGAGUCGCAAUUAGUCACAGAAAACCUCAUCCUACUUGACUGACGGAAACAUGAUAAGACUUGACAGUUAACAAACAUCACCAGCCUCCACAAUCCUGUAUGCUGAAAGGAGGAUGGAAAGCAGCUCCUCAGACAAGCUGUAACCUCAGUCAUCAGUCAGCAUCGCAACCAGUCUUACUGUAGUAUACAACCAGCAUAGCUGACUGCUGACCUGACUGAAUGCGGUCUCUCCCAGUUCCAGCUGUCUUCAGCAAGGUGGACCUGCAGUGUUGGGCCAACAAUCCAGCUCACCACACAGAGGAGAUGAACAACGAGCGUCUGCUUGUCCGCAGGGGGCAACCCUUCUUCGUUGCCCUGCAGUGCACGGGUUCAACACCGCAACCUCCCGAACGGUGCAUCAACCUCAUCUUGCACCUUGGUAAGGAGGUGGUGAAGGUAUCAGACAUGCGUGCCAACCAAAGCCAGUGGUGGUUCCACAAGCAGGAGGCACAGAGCGAGCUCUUCCUAACAGUGUACAGUCCCGCCGAUGCCCCCGUGGGCCUCUACAGCAUGACGGUGGUGCUGCUGAAUGCGGAAGGACACAUCCAGGAGCGCAUCCAUGCUGGGAGUUUCUACCUACUAUUCAAUCCCUGGUGCAAAGCUGACUCGGUGUACUUCCCCGACGAGGGGCAGCUGCAGGAAUACAUCCUAAAUGAAAAUGGCCUGCUGUACCAGGGCUCCUGGGACCAGAUCCGUCCCUUGCCGUGGAACUUCGGACAGUUCGAGAAGGACGUGGUGGACAUCUGCUUCGAAAUCCUGGACAACUCUCCGGCGGCACUCAAAAACCCCGAGGUGGACACGGCUAACCGGGCCGACCCGGUUUACGUGAGCAGAACGGUAACGGCGAUGGUAAACUCCAAUGACGACCGGGGCGUGGUUUCAGGUCGCUGGGAUGGGGAGUACUCGGACGGAGUGCCCCCCACACGAUGGACAGGCAGCGUACCCAUCCUGCGGAGCUGGAGCAGCGGUGGAGCACAGAGGGUGCGCUAUGGCCAGUGUUGGGUGUUCUCAGGUGUGGCUUGUACAGUCCUGCGCUGCCUGGGCAUCCCCACUCGCUGCGUUACCAACUUCUCCUCCGCCCAUGACACAGAUGGCAACCUCACUGUGGACUACUGCUACAAUGAGCAGCUGGAGAAUGUGUCUGCUGGCAAGAAGGAUAUGAUUUGGAACUUCCAUUGCUGGGUGGAGUCAUGGAUGAGCCGAGAUGACCUUCUAGAGGGUUAUGAUGGGUGGCAGGUGUUGGACCCCACACCCCAGGAGAGGAGUGAUGGUGUGUUCUGUUGUGGGCCCUGUCCUGUGAAAGCAAUCAAGGAAGGUGAGGUGGAGGUGAAGUACGACACAGCAUUUGUGUUUUCGGAGGUAAACGCAGACCUGGCCUGCUGGAUCAUCCACGAGGAUGGGCAACGCACCCAAGCGUCUCUUCAUCAUGGCACUGUGGGCCGCAACAUCAGCACCAAGAGUGUGUAUGGAGAGCAGAGGGAGGAUAUUACCUCCCUCUACAAGUACCCGGAAGGUUCAAACAUGGAGCGGGAGAUGUAUGAGAAGGCAGGGCGGAGGGUGUCUGAACGGAACGGAGGAUCGGGACAGCUGGAGCUAUCCAUCAAGCAUGUCCAGGCAGUGCACGGCACAGACUUCGACGUCGUUGUGGAGGUCCAGAACAAGGGUUCACAGGACACGCCUGCCAAACUGACCAUCACCUCCAAUGCUGUCACCUACAACAGUCUCCAUCUUGGGGAAUGCCAGAGGCAGAGUGCCAGCCUCACCGUGCCAGCACAGAAGGUGCAUAAGGAGGUUUUGCGGCUGCUGUACGACCACUAUGGGGCCUGCUUGUCUGAGCACCGCCUGAUCAGGGUCACCGCGCUACUGCAGACCAGCAGUGACCAUGAUAGUAUCCUGCAGGAGGUCAACAUUCCACUGGCCGUACCCGAGCUCGACGUCAAGGUGGUAGGGGUGCCGGUUGUUUCUCACAAGCUGACCACAUACAUCACCUUCACCAAUCCACUGCCCAUCACCCUCAGGGGUGGCUUGUUCACUGUGGAGGGUCCAGGACUCACAGCUGCAAAGGAAAUCCCUGCACCAGAGGAUAUUGGACCAGGUCAGAUUGUGUCCGUCAAGUUUUCCUUCAAGCCCGCUCGGGCCGGACUCCGGAAGCUGUUGGUGGACUUCGAUGCGGACAGGCUGAAGGAUGUCAAGGGCUCUGCCACAGUGAUCGUGAGGAAAAAGUGAACCCGAAUCAAAGGGGCAUCGGCUCGAAG